GGAGGAGGAGGAGGAGGAGGCGGCGGCGAGAAGAUGGCGACUUCGAACAAUCCGCGGAAAUUUAGCGAGAAGAUCGCACUGCACAACCAGAAGCAAGCGGAGGAGACGGCGGCCUUCGAGGAGGUCAUGAAGGACCUGAGCCUGACGCGGGCCGCUCGGCUUCAACUGCAGAAGUCCCAGUACCUGCAGCUGGGCCCCAGCCGCGGCCAGUAUUAUGGCGGGUCCCUGCCCAACGUGAACCAGAUUGGAAGUGGCAGCAUGGAUCUCUCCUUCCAGACACCAUUUCAGUCCUCAGGCCUGGACACGAGUCGGACUACACGGCAUCAUGGGCUUGUGGACAGAGUGUAUCGUGAGCGUGGUAGACUUGGCUCCCCGCACCGCCGGCCCUUGUCAGUUGACAAGCAUGGGCGACAGGCCGACAGCUGCCCCUACGGCACCGUGUACCUCUCGCCUCCUGCAGAUACCAGCUGGAGGAGGACCAAUUCUGAUUCCGCCCUGCACCAGAGCACAAUGACACCCACCCAGGCAGAAUCCUUCACAGGCGGGUCCCAGGAUGCACACCAGAAGAGAGUCUUGCUGCUUGCAGUCCCAGGCAUGGAGGAGACCAGGUCUACGACAGACAAGACCCUUAAGCAGUCAUGGGACUCAAAGAAGACGGGUUCCAGGCCCAAGUCCUGCGAGGUUCCCGGAAUCAACAUCUUCCCAUCUGCAGAGCAGGAGAGCACGUCAGCCCUGAUCCCUGCUACCCACAACACGGGGGGCUCCCUUCCUGACCUCACCAACACCCAUUUUCCGUCCCCACUCCCGACGCCGCUGGACCCUGAGGAGCCUGCAUUCCCCGCUCUCACCAGCUCUAGCAGCACCGGCAGCCUCGCACAUCUGGGCGUCAGCAGCACUGGUCAGGGUAUGAGCACCCCCAGCUCUUCUCCACAGCACCGGCCAGCAGUCAUCAGCCCCCUGUCCCUGAGCACAGAGGCCAGGCGGCAGCAGGCCCAGCAGGUGUCACCCACCCUGUCCCCGCUGUCACCCAUCACUCAGGCUGUGGCCAUGGAUGCCCUGUCCCUGGAACAGCAGCUGCCCUAUGCCUUCUUCACCCAGGCUGGCUCCCAGCAGCCUCCCCCACAGCCCCAGCCACCACCUCCGCCUCCACCUGUGUCCCAACAGCAGCCACCGCCUCCACAGGUGUCCGUGGGCCUCCCCCAGGGUGGCCCACUGCUGCCCAGUGCCAGCCUGACACGGGGGCCCCAGCUGCCACCGCUCCCAGUCACCGUACCAUCCACUCUUCCCCAGUCUUCUGCAGAGAACCCCGGCCAGCCACCAAUGGGGAUCGACGCCACCUCGGCACCGGCUCUGCAGUACCGUACAAGCACAGGUUCACCGGCCACCCAGUCUCCCACCUCUCCAGUCUCCAAUCAAGGCUUCUCCCCUGGAAGUUCCCCACAACACACGUCCACCCUGGGCAGCGUGUUUGGGGACGCGUACUAUGAGCAGCAGAUGACAGCCAGGCAGGCUAAUGCUCUGUCCCGCCAGCUGGAGCAGUUCAACAUGGUGGAGAACGCCAUCAGCUCCAGCAGCCUGUACAGCCCAGGCUCCACACUCAACUACUCCCAGGCUGCCAUGAUGGGCCUGGGCGGGAGCCACGGAAGCCUGCAGGACCCGCAGCAGCUCAGCUACACAGGCCACAGCGGAAUCCCCAACAUCAUCCUCACGGUGACAGGAGAGUCCCCCCCCAGUCUCUCUAAGGACCUGAGCGGCACACUGGCAGGGGUCAGUGACGUUAGCUUUGAUUCGGACCAUCAGUUCCCACUGGACGAACUGAAGAUCGACCCUCUGACCCUGGAUGGACUUCAUAUGUUGAAUGACCCCGACAUGGUCCUAGCUGACCCUGCCACCGAGGACACCUUCCGAAUGGACCGACUGUGAGUGGCCAUGCCUGCCAC